AGAUUGUUUUUAAUGUCAAAUUUGGAUCUUUUCUAAAGACUAGCGGUUCUUGAAAUUAAUCCAAAAGAAUCUGAUAUUAAUUAAAAACUAAUUUGAAAUUAUUUAUCACAUAAAAUGGCUCCUAAAGCUGGCGGAGACUCUGCCAAAGUUAAUUCGUCGGUUUAUAAAAACAAGAGUAAACCAACUGAUGUUCGACUAAGUAAUAUAAAUGCUGCGAAAGCUGUGUCAGAUGCUAUCCGCACAAGCUUGGGACCCCGUGGAAUGGAUAAAAUGAUUCAAGCAGCCAAUGGUGAAGUUACUAUUACUAAUGAUGGUGCAACUAUAUUAAAACAAAUGAGUGUUAUUCAUCCAGCAGCUAAAAUGUUAGUGGAGCUGUCUAGGGCCCAAGAUAUUGAAGCAGGAGAUGGUACAACCUCGGUUGUGGUAAUUGCUGGAGCCCUUUUGGAUGCAGCUGAGAAACUCUUACAGAAAGGUAUUCAUCCAACAGUUAUUUCUGAUGGAUUCCAGAAGGCGUUGCAAAUGGCAUUACAGGUUGUGGAAAGUAUGUCAAUUCCAGUAGAUCUUACCAAUGAAGAUGCUCUGCUGAAAGCAGCUGCUACAUCUCUUAACUCCAAAGUUGUAUCACAACAUUCGUCUAUCUUAGCCCCCAUUGCUGUUCAAGCUAUCUGCGCUGUCAUGGAAACUAUUCCCGGUGGGGUAGGCGCUCGUGUGGAUUUGCGUGAUGUUAAAGUAAUCGAACGUAUCGGUGGUACAGUUGAAGAUACUGAACUUAUACAAGGCCUCGUUAUCGCGCAUCGCUCAGCUAAUGUAAACGGGCCUCAUCGCAUUGAAAAAGCUAAAGUUGGACUCAUACAGUUCUGCAUUUCUCCACCCAAAACUGAUAUGGACCACAAUGUGAUUGUAUCAGACUAUGCCGCCAUGGAUCGGGUACUGAAAGAGGAGCGACAAUAUAUAUUAAACAUUGUCAAACAGAUAAAGAAGGCAGGUUGCAAUGUCUUAUUGGUGCAGAAGUCCAUUUUGCGGGAUGCAUUAAGUGACUUGGCUGUACACUUUUUGGACAAAAUUAAAACCAUGGUGAUCAAAGACAUUGAACGAGAAGAUAUUGAAUUUGUGUGCAAGACCCUGGGCUGUCGGCCGAUAGCUUCUCUUGACCAUUUCACUGCUGAGAACUUGGUUAAUGUUGACUUAGUAGAAGAGGUCAAUGAACCAGGCGGCAGAUACAUCAAGAUGACAGGGUGUAACACCGGCGGGCGCACGGUGUCGGUGUUGGUGCGCGGCACGAGCGGCGCGGUGGUGGCGGAGGCGGCGCGCUCGCUUCACGACGCACUGUGCGUGGUGCGCUGCGUGGCUCGCAGGCCGGCGCUGCUGCCGGGCGGCGGCGCGCCCGAAGCCGCCGCUUCUGCUGCGCUCGCUCGCGCCGCCAUCGCCGCUCCCGGCGCCGACCACUAUUGUCUGCGAGCGUACGCUGAUGCUCUAGAAGUUGUACCGUCAACGCUUGCUGAGAAUGCCGGAUUGAACCCUAUCGAGACGGUGACGGAACUGCGCGCGGCUCACGCGAGCGGCGCAGCGGGGUGCGGGGCGGGCGUGAACGUGCGCCGCGGCCGCGUUACCGACAUGCGUCAGGAGCACGUGCUGCAGCCGCUGCAGGUCACCGCGUCCGCCCUCGGGUUGGCCACGGAAACCGUACGCGCCAUACUCAAGAUCGACGACAUAAUAAACACAGUUAAUUAAACUUAAUUAGUGUGUAACUAAUAGUUAUUAAUCCAACCAGUUCACAAAGUAUUAAUUUAUAUUAAAGCUUAAUAGCCUUAGCUUGAACAUAAUUUUG